AUGCACAUCUUAUAUCUCAUCUCCCUUGUAGCUACGGUGCUGGCAACUCCUAUUCCUGCCGACGUGCAAUUCAGGGCAACUUUAUCAACCCCAGAAAAUUUGGCCUACACUUCGACUGGAUUUUCUACAUUGAUCCCAUCCUACACUCCAACUGCAUCUCCUGAUCAUAUUCCUCACAUUUUGUUUAGUGAUCCAAAUAGUGGUGAACCUUUGGACUCUUCGAAAGUCCUGUACGAAGCUCCGUCCGUUACCCUGUUGUCCGAAUUGGGAAACGACGUUUCUGAGUACAAAUUAGCAUGA